AUGAAGGCACCGUCAACUAAACGAAGUAAAGGCCGAUAUUGGCUUUUCCACCGGGAUCACGGCCAUGCAACUCAGGAUUGUUUUGACCUCAAGGAAGAAGUGGAAGGGCUCAUCCGAAGGGGCUACCUCAAAGAGUACGUAGAGGAUCCUAAAGUGACACAAAACGGCGAGAACGACAAGUCACCUGCUCGAGAGAUUCAAACUAUAAUGGGAGGCCCAAUAGAAAGUGAAUCCGGGAGAAAAAUAAAGGUAGAUGUGCGAGAAGCUAGGACGAACCUCGGACACAAUGAGGUCUACUAUACGUAUAUUGCAGACCGGUCUGCGACGAUUGAGUUUUCAAAGGACGAGGCAACUCACCUCCUCCACCCUCAUAACGAUGCGCUAGUUAUCACUCUGAAGAUAGCAAACGUGAAAGUACAUCGAAUUUUGGUGGAUGGGGGCAACUCAGCAGAUAUUAUCUCCUGGACAGCCUACAAAGUCAUGGAUGUAGGAGAAAAGGUGCUUAAGAGCAACCCAACACCGUUGGUCAUUCUCGAGGGGAGGAUAGAGUCGCCUGUAACGUUCGGAAGUGGACCGAAAAGUGUCACCAAGAUGGUGGAAUUUUUGGUCGUUGACUACAAAUCCUCCUACAACGCAAUAUUGGGAAGACUGACAAUGCAUAUGCUCAAAGCGAUACCAUCCACAUACCACCAGUCCAUGAAGUUCCCAACACCGGGUGGAGUAGGAGAGAUUAAGGGAGAGCAACGAGUGUCGCGGGAGUGCUACUAUACCUCAAUGAAGGGCAACGACAGGACUUCUACUAAGGGGGGCCGUUGA